CGCAGGUGCGGAAGCCGUGGAACUGAAUCCGCAAGCUAGCUCAUUAGCUUAUCAAAAUGGCCAGCUGGGGUAGGGUCGCUCAAGUCCUGAGGACAGUUUUGAGGAGUCCUCAGUCUCUGAAGAGUGUAGCACUUCGUCGGGCUGUCGGUCCUGGUGUGUUGGGCUCUUUAGUGGGAGCUGGAGUGAUCUGUUUUUAUCAGUAUCAUGCUAACAACAGGACUCUGCGCUUCGCUGUGCAUGCCGAGGAACACAAAGAAGCUGCAGCUCCACACAUGUCUGCCAGAAAGGUCCGCUUCAAUCAGUUCGCCUCAGUGAUGUACGAGCAGGAGCCCUACAUGACCCCCAGAGACUUCCUCUACUCCAUCAUGCUGGAAGACGUGGACAGAAAGCUGCAGGAGAAGACAUUAACAACAGAGGAAGUAAACAACAUGUUGAAAGCUGCCUCCAAAGCUCAGGCUGGUAAUGAACUGUUCAGGACCUUAGGAGACAACGGUCUGAUAUCCUACACAGAGUAUCUCUUUCUGCUCACUAUCCUGACCAAGCCGCGUACUGGAUUUCAUAUAGCUUUCAAAAUGCUCGAUGUUGACGGCAAUGAGCAUGUGGACCAAAAAGAAUUCCUCACGUUGAAGAAAAUUAUCGGAAAAAGCAAAAGAAGAGUUCCUAAGGAAGGCACAGAGAUACCGGCUGAAGAGGGGGACAACGUGAACACCACCCUGCAGGUGUACUUCUUUGGGAAGAGGGGAGAAAAUAAGUUGCAGUAUCAGGAGUUCCACAGGUUCAUGGAGGACCUGCAGGCUGAAGUCCAGGAGAUGGAGUUCCUGCAGUUCUCCAAAGGCAUGGACACCAUGAGGAGAGAGGACUUUGCAGAGUGGCUGCUGCACUACACCAACGAAGAAGACAACGAGAUGUACUGGGAGAACAUGAGGAAGAAGAUCCCUGCUGGCCAGAGUAUCACAUUUGAUGAGUUCAAAGCCUUCUGUCUUUUCACCAACAAUCUGGAGGAUUUCGCCUUUUCCAUGAAAAUGGUGUCUGAAGCCAACCGUCCCGUUGGAAUGACUCAGUUUAAGCGAGCGGUGAGGAUCGCCACAGGCCACAAUCUGUCUGAAAACGUCCUGGAUACUGUGUUCAAACUCUUCGAUAUGGACGGAGACAACCGCCUGAGCCAUAAGGAGUUCAUCGGGGUGAUGAAAGACCGAGUGCUGCGAGGCCUGAAGGUGCAGCCGCAGAGCGGAUUCUCUGGAUACUGGAAAUGUGUGAAGAGAGAGACCCUGAAGGGGGCCCGCGAGGCCCUGGGAGACUCCGCCAGCCCCAUUUGAACCACAGUGACGACUGAUAGAUGAUCAAUCCAACAAACCACUGACCACUCCGGUGUGUUUUAUAAUCACAAAGGUGGUGUGAAAGAUUUCAAAUGUACAGAAUCAAAAGGAUUUACACCACUAACUUGGGUAUAAAUAUGUUUACAUAUAUUAGCUUGUGUUUUCUCAUGUUAGCUACAAAGCUGUGGGUCGACUUGUGGCUUUUCAUAUAUUACAAGUUUCUAUUGUUUGGUGCAGUGCAUGUGUUUCAUAUUCAGGAAAAAGAGCCACUAUUUAAUAACCAUUAGAUAGGAAAAGAGUUUCAAAUCAUAGAAAUCAAAAACACUUCAAAGACGACACAGCAGCUCAUCAGAGUCCUGCAGCUGCUGUUUUUAGGUUAAAUAGAUUAAAGUAACAAUAUCUUUAAGUUCAAUUCAACUGGACUACCUCUGGCCCCCCCCUCUGAUGUGGGACUCUAAAGUCUUGACAUCUCUACGUCUAUAUGAAAUGUUUCUACGACUCCUACGCUGUUUACUAAGAAAGAAGUGAUUCUCAUCUUUGUGUCUUCAUGCAGCAGUGAAGUCGUGCUGUGUUUGUUUGUUCACAAUCAGAGAUGACUGUAAACAUUAGAAACCCUGUGUGUACACUGUAUUCUGAAUGAGCUUCAAACACGUCAAAGAAGCGAUACCAACAUGUGCCUCAUACCUUCAUCAGAUAACGGAACAUUUCAUAUUAAGACCUUAUUUGGUUUAUUUCUCACCAUGUUUGAGUCUGAAAUGGAACAGAUUUUUAUUUAGUUCUUGGUUGUAGUCUACCACAUUCACACCUGGACAGGUACUACAGAUAAGACUUCUGGAGUAUUUUAGUAAAAUGUACUGCCCUGUAAAAAAAAAUAUCUUAUAAAAAGUCAUAUUAAAUACAUUAAAUAUUAAGGCACCGGUAGUCUAGUGGUAAGUGCGCUUGCCCCAUGUACGGAGGCUGUAAUCCUACAAGCAGGUGACCCGGGUUCAAAUCUGACCUGUGGCUCCUCUCCUGCAUGUUUGUCCCCUCUCUCUACAAUUUCUAACACUAUCCUGUCCCAUCUCUAAAUAAAGCAUAAAACACAUUUAAAAAACAUAUAUACACAAUAUUGUCGUUUAAAGAAUGAAACUCUGUAAGACACUCAAAUCUAAGCGAGUGUUUGUCUAACAUCUAGUCUAGAUAAACGAUUUGAAUAUCUCAUUUGAAAGGAGCAGGAAAUGUCAGAUUUUGUACAAGCAGUACAGGCCUGAUUUUAUUUAGUAAUAUCCUGACAUGAGGUCUUUAUCUGGACUUGUCAGAUGAAUCUGGUUUAUCCUAAGGGUAAUGAGAUACUCACUUCAAAUGUAAACUGUUAAGAUUUUACUUUCUUUUGCAGUGCAGUGGAAGAUUAAUGUGCAUGUAAAUGUUUCUACUAGCAUUGGGCUUCCACGUUUAAUCUGAAAAUCAUCAAUCAAAUCUCAAGCCCCGCCUUUAAAUGGAAGGUCAAAUGAAAAACAUUGAUCUGGAGGUUUUCCUCUCUCCUAUGUAUGAACAGCUGUGAGUUGGGUUGUGCUGUUUACAAAACAUCUUGUAUGUGACUGAGUGGAGUUUAUUUUAUAUCCAGAAUGAUUGACUUGUUUUGCACUAUUAGCCCAACGUGUUGUGUUUCAGUAAAUGAUGUGCAUUAAACAGCUUUAAGUGUUUUGAUUGUGUGUGGUGGGUAUCUAAUAAAGAUUUAUUUUAAAGAC